AUGGCCUAUCGCCUGCUGCUGAGCGGCUGCCGGGCGGAGCGGAGUUUGCUGUGUGCCCGGCGCUGCUCGCUGCCCGCCCGCCUCCUCGCCGGCUGGGCGGCCGCGGGCCCGGGCCCGGGCUCGGGCUCGGCCGCGGCCGCGGGGCCUGAGCUCGGCCGCCGUGGUCAUGGCAACCGGCCCCGCCGGGAGCUGCCCGCCACCGGCCUGCGCCGCCACACCGGCCCCGCGGGCCCGGCCUCGGUCAGCGGCCGGACUCCCACCCUCCAGCCCGGCGGAGGCGGCUUCCCCCCCGGCCCCGGGCAGCGACGGGACGACGCCGAAGAAGGUGACCGGACGAGGGUGACCUCCAGCCCCGCUCCCGCCCCCGCCGGUGCCCGGAGGCUCCUCACACUGGCUUACCCCGAGAGGUGGCCUCUGGCAGCUGCUGUGGGGUUCUUGGGUGUUUCCAGCAUUGUAACCAUGUCAGCGCCUUUCUUUCUGGGAAACGUUAUUGAUCUCAUUUACACGAAUACCACAGGAGGGGAUUUGACUGGUUCUCUGACCACUUUGUGUGCCAUGCUGAGUGGAGUUUUUCUAUGUGGAGCCGCUGCCAACACUGCCCGUGUCUACAUAAUGCAUAUAUCAGAACAACAAAUAAUCAAACGUUUACGGACAUCGUUAUUUUCCUCCAUCCUGUGCCAGGAAGUUGGAUUCUUCGACAAGUCCAGCACAGGAGAACUGAUAAACCGUCUUUCAUCGGACGCUGACUUGCUUGGACGGUCAGUAACUGUGAACCUCUCUGACGGACUAAGAGCUGUAGCUCAAGCAGCAGCUGGUGUUGGCAUGAUGUUCUACGUAUCUCCACAACUCGCCAUGUUUGUCCUUGGUAUUGUGCCUCCUUUGGCUCUCUUCAGUGUGUUUUAUGGCAGAUACAUUCGCAAGCUGACUAAACUGACACAGAAUUCACUAGCAGGUGCAACACAGCUUGCUGAAGAACGCAUUGGAAACAUAAGGACCGUCCGAGCUUUUGGCAAAGAAAAUGUUGAAUUAGAGAAGUACACUGAAAAGAUCGAUUAUGUAGUGCAACUGGCCAGAAAAGAAGCAGUGGCACUGGCAGUAUUUUUUGGAGCUACUGGAUUAACUGGAAACCUUAUUAUCCUCUCUGUGCUAUACAAAGGAGGUCUGUUGAUGAGCACUGCCCACAUGACCAUAGGAGAACUCUCCUCUUUCAUGAUGUAUGCCUUUUGGGUAGGAAUAAGUAUCACAGGUCUAAGCUCUUUCUACUCCACGUUAAUGAAAGGUCUAGGAGCUGGAGAUCGGCUGUGGGAACUGCUUGACAGGAAGCCAGCGAUGCCACUUAAUGAGGGUAUAGUUUUGCAGUCUGAUCAGUUUAAGGGAGCUAUCAAAUUCCUCGGUGUCCAUUUUGCAUAUCCAACCCGUAAGGAAUCGCCAAUCUUUCAAGGACUAGACUUGUCUAUUCCAGCGGGUUCUAUAAUGGCAGUUGUGGGACCCAGUGGCUCAGGGAAAUCUACAUUGGUGUCUCUGUUACUACGAUUAUAUGAUCCUACUUCAGGUGCCAUUACUCUUGAUGAUCAUGAUACCAGAAUAUUGAAUCCGUACUGGUUAAGGAAAAACAUUGGUACAGUGAGCCAGGAGCCGGUUUUGUUCUCUUGUUCCAUUGCUGAAAACAUUGCAUAUGGUGCAGUUGAUCCCUCCCAGCUAUCUAUGAAAGACAUUGAAAAUGCUGCCAAAAUAGCCAAUGCUUUCAACUUCAUCGAAAGCUUUCCUGAGGGAUUUGAAACUGUUGUUGGGGAGAAAGGCGUUUUACUUUCAGGUGGCCAAAAGCAGCGGAUUGCUAUUGCCCGGGCUCUGUUGAAGAACCCCAAAAUUCUGCUAUUGGAUGAAGCAACCAGUGCACUGGAUUCAGAAAAUGAGUACUUAGUACAACAAGCAUUGGAUCGAUUAAUGGAAGGGAGAACAGUGCUGAUCAUUGCGCAUCGUCUCUCAACCAUUCAGAACACAAAUGCUGUUGCUGUUCUUGACCAGGGCAGGAUAAUUGAAUGCGGCACACAUAAAGAAUUGCUUGCAAAUUCCAAUGGAUUAUUUCGAAAACUUGUGGAGAAACAAACAUUUUUACAAGACAGUCAAAUGGUUGCUUUGAAUGCUUAAAUGUGCCUUUGAUUUUGUUUACACAUUACAAUUGCAUUGCUGUUGAAGGAUGCAGGUUUUAAAUCUGUAAUUUCCACACACUAAAGUGCAUUCCUGAUCUGAAUUGUCUGGAGGUCCUUAACAAAGGCCAGGUGCUUACUUUAGGGAAAAAAAUUGAACGAUAAUUCCAGCCACAUUUUGGAGGCAAGUUACAAUGUGACAUCAGGAAAGUCCUAGGAUUGUUCCCCUUCUUGGUUGAUGGGAAAAGCAUGGUGGGUGGGGGGUGCACACAGAGAAUCUAUGAAGGUGAAAUAAAACUAGAAAGGAAAAACUUGAAUGACCCAACAUCUUCUGUGGAGUAUUAAGAAUUCUUUUUAUAUUUAAGGAUUUAUUGUAAAGUGCUGGAGAAAUACAUAAACUUUUUCAACAUGGUACAGAUUUUUGACAGGGCACUGGAUCCGCCUGACACUAUAUUGUGACAUAACGGCGAUGUAUAGACAUUACUGUUUUUUGUUGAAACUGGAAAAAUAAGUUUAGAGAAUAUGUACAGGUAUGUUAAUUUUGUGAAAUUUAGAAGGAUAUUAAAAUGUUUAUUAUUCAGUGAAGAAAAUUUUAAACUAUGAAUAUUGGUUGUUUAUAUAUAGAUAUGUAUUUUAAGUUUCUACAAAGACACUUUAAUCCUCUGUGGUCUAUAAUAGCAUUUUUACACCAAAUAAAUAUAUCCACAUGUUUAAAUUCUGAA